AUGGCAGAGUCACCACCAGGAGUAGAUCCAACCAAAACUCCCCUUGGCCCUGCACCUGCCUGGCAGAAGUCGAACUUCAUCAAUCCCGGCAACCCUGCCAAUGUAUACUACAUCGUCGCGGGCACCGGUACUGCGUUGAUGACUGUCCUUGUUCUUGUGAGGCUGUAUAUCCGGUUCUUAGUUACUCAUACGCCAUGGUGGGAUGACUUGACUGCUGUGCUUGCGCUGCUCUCUCAAUCCGCAUACACAGGCGUGAUUAUCAAAGAGGGAUCCCUCGGUCUCGGCCGACAUGCUUGGGACGUCACAGUGGCCAGGUUCGCUGAAUUCGAUAGAUAUGCCAGACUCCUCACCGCGCCAGCAAUCUACUUCACGAAGCUGACCCUGCUCCUGCUAUACCUCCGCCUCUUCUUGCUGAAUCGCCUCGUGAAGAUCGGUAUCUGGGGAGGUAUCGUGUUCUGCACGGUCUACUACACCGCUAUGCUUUUCCUCAACAUCUUCUUAAAAGAUAUGCACGCGCUCUUGAUGUUGGCGUACAGCGUGGGUGUUAUCGGUGUUGUCAGUGACGUGUACAUCAUCACACUUCCGUUGCUGGCUAUUGCACAGCUGCAUCUGAGCAGGACAAAGAAGUGGCACGUUGCUGCUGUAUUCCUUACGGGACUUUUAAGUGUGGCGAUGAGUUUUUUGGCCUGCGUAUACCGCUUCCAAAUCAACAUCACGGACAUCACUUACUCCCUCCGGGAGCUCUACAUCAUCAAGUAUGUAUCCGUUCCGCCCUUUAACUCUCUACCUAUCCUAACCCUGCCCUCCAAAACCAGCACAGUGGAAGUCGACACCGGCAUAAUAUGCACCUGCCUCCCCCUCCUCGGCACACUCUUCAAAGAAAACACCAAGGAAUCCUGGUGGCUGACCCGCUUCCGUUCCAUCCGCAACCGUCUAUUUUCCUCACGAGCAGCCUCGCAGGGCUCAGGAGGAUCCCGAAGUGAAGCUGGUUCCUCGCGCUUGCGAUUUCCACACAGCGUGAAUCAGAAACAUCAGGAUCAUAGUUUUGAUAAUAUCAACCUUAUUCUGCAGACCUCAGCCGCGGAUGUGGUGCCGGAGACUAAUAGUGUACCGCUGCCGUCUAGUUCACCGAAUGCGAUUGGGCAGAAAUGGGCGAAUCAGGAUCACUGGGUGCCUUCUAACCUUGACAACCCACAGGAUCCGUUCAUGAAGCAGGUUUGUGACCCUAUUCAACGAGUCUUGCCUCUCCUGGAAUUGGCUGCCGCUGAGGCGAUCAAGCGCUCAUUCUUCGACCUUGGCUUAGAUCAUGAUCCGAUGGACACAUCAGAUUAG